UAUUAGAUUUGGAGAACUGGAACACUGAGAAGUCUGCCAAGGACUUGCUUCAUUUUGUGGAUAUCCUGCAUGACCGGAUAGGUCCGUGAACAGCAGAUAUGAGUUUGUAUGCAAGAAGGGUAACUCUGCCUGCUAUAACGCCAAUAGUUCUUCAGAAAAGGGUGAUUAAAGUAUACAGUGAAGAUGACACCAGCAGAGCUUUAGAAGUCCCAAGUGAUAUAACAGCCAGGGAUGUCUGCCAGUUGUUAAUCCUGAAGAACCAUUAUAUUGAUGACCACAGCUGGACACUGUUUGAAUACCUUCCUCACAUGGGUUUAGAAAGAACAAUAGAAGACCAUGAAUUGGUGGUUGAAAUACAAUCAAAAUGGGGAAUGGAAGAAGAAAAUAGGCUGUGUUUUAGAAAAAAUUAUGCCAAAUAUGAAUUCUUUAAAAAUCCAGUAAAUUUUUUUCCAGAGCAUAUGUUAUCUUUUUCAAGUGAAACCAAUGGAGAAAUAGCUCACACACAGAUUUUGCAGAUGUUUCUAAGCUCAAGCACAUAUCCAGAAAUACAUGGUUUCUUACAUGCUAAAGAGCAGGGAAAGAAGUCCUGGAAAAAAAUUUACUUUCUUCUACGAAGGUCUGGCUUAUAUUUUUCUACUAAAGGAACAUCAAAGGAACCAAGGCAUUUGCAGUUUUUCAGCGAAUUUAGUAGCAGCGAUCUCUAUGUCUCCUUGGCAGGCAAAAAGAUGCAUGGAGCUCCUUCUAACUUUGGAUUCUGUGUUAAGCCUAACAAAACAGGAGGAACCCGAGACCUGAAACUGCUCUGUGCAGAUGAAGAGCAGAGUAGGAUCUGCUGGGUGACAGCGAUUAGAUUGCUUAAGUAUGGGAUGCAGCUGUACCAGAAUUACAUGCAACCACAUCAAGGUAGAAGUGGCUGCAGUUUUCAGAAUAUUUCACCCAUGAGAAGCAUUUCAGAAAAUUCCCUAGUAGCAAUGGACUUCUCUGGCCAUAAAGGUAGAGUUAUAGAAAAUCCCAGCGAAGCUCUGUCAGUUGCAGUUGAAGAAGGACUAGCAUGGAGGAGAAAAGGAUGUUUACGACUGAACACACAUGGUAGCCCCACUGCUUCUCAAACCUCUUCCUCUAACAUAGCUAUUCACAGGUCACAGGCAUGGUUCCACCAUAAAAUCUCCAGAGAUGAAGCUCAGAAGCUGAUUUUACAGCAAGGACUUGUCGAUGGACUUUUCUUGGUACGGGACAGCCAAAGUAACCCCAAAACAUUUGUAUUAUCACUGAGCCACGGACAGAAAAUAAAGCACUUUCAAAUUAUACCACUGGAAGAUGAAGGUGAAAUGUUUCAUACUCUGGAUGAUGGUCACACCAGAUUCACAGAUCUCAUCCAGCUAGUGGAGUUCUACCAGCUUAAUAAGGGAGUAUUGCCUUGCAAAUUGAAACAUUAUUGUUCUCGGAUUGUCCUUUAACCAAAAUAGAAGUCAUUCCACCAAACAAUAGUGGAAAAUGGAGACACUAGAACAAUUUUAAAGGCCAUUUGUACGGGAAAAAAAUAUUUCCAUGUUGAACUGAAUAUAAAUUUCACUUGCAAGCCACAAAGAAGAGUUUAUGUGAGUCAUAAAAUAAGAAAACACCUGCAAUUUGCAUUGCACACAUCAUUUACAAUUCACUCCUGGCUAAAUUAAACCUCAAAAAGAGAUUUUGUGUGUUAUUGUGUAAUUUUAAGAGUAUUUCAAAUUACUUCAAUCCUCUUUACAAACACAAACAGGAAUGCUUUAAACACUUCUAUAACAAUUUACCAUAACAUUAGAUAAUUGUUUUACACACACACACACACACACACACACACACACACACAUCAAAGAAACCCUGGAUAUGAACGGAAUUAUUUGCUUCUUUUAGGUUGCAAAGCGUCUGGUCUGAAUUUUGUUUAGCAACUCUAAAUAAAAAUUCUCCUGUGCUCUAAUUUUGAACACAAUUUUCUUAUACUAUAAGUUUAAAAUGGCAAAUAUUCUAAAAUA